AUGUGGAGAAGAGCUGUCAACAAGAUGGCAUACAACAAAGUUGCGAGUUUGAGGGAGCGACAAUAUGCCGACGGUUAUGGCCGAGAUGUUCGUGGCUAUACCCGACACUAUGGCCAGCGAGAAGAACUGCACGACGAUGUCAGGGGUGUGGAGUACGGAGGAAGGAGUGAUAUAUCUGUGGACUCAAUCGAAAAGGACCCGGAAAGGACGUGGCUGGAGCAAUUGCGGGCCAGGGGCUCCCGUGUGGUGCAAGUCACGUAUCCGCGCACCGCCAACAAUCCCAAGGAGCUCACCGUAAACCGCGGCGAAUUCCUCGAGGUUCUAGAUGACUCGAGGAAGUGGUGGAAGGUGCAGAACAUGCAAGGCCGGGUGGGACACGUGCCAAACACGAUCGUGACGCUGUAUACGUUUCCGAAUGACGGGCCCCUCGUCGACGACCGCUCCCGCGACCAGGUAGACCCGGAAGAAGCCUUUCCCAAUCCCCUCUACUCCCCCGAGGGCUACUACCCUCAGAUGAAUCCAAAAAGCGUCCUCAAGACCGGCAAGACGCCUGGCAGAGUCUACGACUGGGAUGACGACUGA